AUGAGCAGCUGGGUCUCGCCUCCAUUCCCCUUCCUUAAGGAGCUUGAUGUGGCAGGUUGGACCUUCUCCAGAAUUCCAAGGUGGAUCGGUGGUCUCGACAACCUUCACACAUUGCGAUUCGGGGUGAAGGAGGUGUCCAAUUUCACCUGGGAUGACAUCGGCACGAUCGGAAUGCUGCCCAACCUCAUCAUACUCUAUCUGCGUGUCGAAGGCGAUGUCCCUGCUGAAGGGAUUGUGAUAAGCGGCUCCACGGGAUUCAAGCAUCUCCAGGAAUUUUAUCUGCAGAUAAAAAGCACAUCACACCUGGCAUUCGAGGAAGGGGCAAUGCCUAACCUACGAGAUCUAGCGUUAAGUGUCAUUCCAAAAGAAUGCUACAGGGCAACCGCACCGGUCGGGUUGGAGCACCUCGCAAGCCUCCAGCGAAUUUUUGUAUAUGGGGGAAUAGGCCGUAAGCAGACAUUGCCUCAAAAUAUUAAUAAUGCCAGUUUUGAAGCCUUCUGUGCUAUGUUCCGAGAAGCCAUUACUGGUCUUCCAACUCAACUGACAUUUCAUAGCUCAUACGCCCUAGUACACAGGUAA